AUGGAGAUCCCUCACGCCUUUCCUCGAUGGCGAAGACCGAUUAUCUGGGAGAAGAUUGGCAUUGGGCGAAGAUUGCGGAGAGAUCGGGUGGCGGAGGGAUUUGACGAACGUACCGUCCCAGGAAUAAAGACCCCACCUGCGCAAAAUUGGUUGUUGGAUGUUGCGGUCCUUGGAGAGGAAGAAGAAGACAGGGGAGAGGCUGGUGGGGAUGUGGGAGGUGAGUUUGAUGGGAUGGUUGGCGGCGAUGAAUUGGUUGGAGAACUAAUGGUUGGGAAGAAUUAUGGGAGUUAA